CACAACCAAGCAAUCAUGCGUCCUUCUAUGAUCCACCGCAUGGCGUUCCCGAAGUUCCCGGGUCUCUACCGCAGGAACAACGUGCCAGACUGGCAGAAACUCCACCAGGCUCACGAUGGUGUCAGGCAGUGGGACAAGGGCCCGCGCGCCAAGUACAUGCUCUAUCCAUACUACGCCUGCCUCAUCGCGACCACCGCCGCAACUCAAUACAUGAUGGUCCGCAUGGUGCUCGGAAAGAAGACGUGGUUUGGCGGCGCGACCGCCGCGAAGGAGUAAAGCGCAUACCCACGGCAACCAAAGCAGCGGAGGAUUGAAGGUUCCGAGGGCGUUGAAUGCGUGUACAUCAAGAAUACAACCUCGAGCAUGUCUCUUUUGUCUUUGCACUGCGUCUCGGAAUAUACCGUGAUCGCUGUACCGGAGACAUCUCAUCGACCGCGUCAUAUUGGACUGGCAACUGGAUACUAAGCGACAUGUACGAGCUGCUACUGCGAUUCGCUGGGCAUGAGCAAUGAAUUGAAUAUCGAUUUCUCUGGACU